AUCCAUGCAUAAAAAAUCCAAAUCAAAACCCAUAUAAACCCCACAUUCUCCAUUCAACUUAAGAAACGGUUGGACAAUAACAAGAAUGAGAGAUUUUGUGAUCCUCGGUUCUUCCAUCGUCAAUCCUCCUCCAAACCCAUCAUCACAACCCCGUCACACUAUCAAACCCCACAAUUCUUCUCUCUCGAAGCUCCCUUCUUUAUCUCCACGGAAGAAUUCUACUACCCUUCUCCAAACCCCUCUCAUUCUCAAACAAUUCGAAACGGUUCUACAUGACGCUGUUGAUUCUGACUUGAAUGCUGAGCUUUUGGCCAACGCGGUUCUGAUGGGUAUCAAAGGAAGGAACUUUCGGAUUGUGAUUGAUAGUUUGAACAAAUUGCAGGGUAUUGGGAAUGGGAUUUCUCUCUCUACUCAAUUUGAUGAAUCUGCUAUGAGUGUCAUUGCAAAGGAGUGUUCUUUCAUGGUCACGUCUGGUCACAUUCAGGAAUCUGUUGAAUUGAUGGAGGUUCUCUCACGUUACCAGCUAUCAAUUGGAGAACUUGUUCAGCCAUCUGACAUAAUAAAAAGAUGUGUUCUUAAUCGUAAGCCAAAUUUAGCUGUGAGGUAUGCGUCCCUUCUUCCACAAGCACAUAUACUAUUUUGUAGCAUCAUAUCUGGAUUUGGCAAAAGUAGGGAUUUAGUUUCUGCUCUGAAAGCCUACGAUGCAAUGAAGAAGAAUCUGAAACGUCCCAAUAUGUACAUAUACCGGGCAAUAAUCGACGUUUGUGGUCUAUGUGGCGAUUUCAUGAAAUCUAGGUACAUAUAUGAGGAUUUGCUUAAUCAGAAAAUCACUCCAAAUAUAUAUGUAUUCAACAGUCUCAUGAAUGCCAAUGCCCAUGAUAUCAGCUACACGUUAAAUCUAUACCAGAAUAUGCAGAAGGUAGGCUUGAAACCAGAUAUGACAUCCUAUAACAUCCUACUGAAAGCAUGCUGUGUUGCUGGAAGAGUUGACCUGGCCCAAGACAUGUAUAAGGAACUUAAGCAUUUGGAAUCAAUUGGACAACUGAAAUUAGAUGUUUUUACCUACAGUACAAUUAUUAAGGUCUUUGCAGAUGCGAAAUUGUGGCAAAUGGCUCUAAAAAUUAAGCACGACAUGCUGUUGGCUGGUGUUUCUCUUAAUACCGUUGCAUGGUCAUCAUUAAUCAAUGCCUGUGCACAUGCAGGGCUUGUAGAGCAGGCAAUUCAGUUAUUUGAAGAGAUGCUUUUGUCUGGCUGUGAACCUAAUACACAGUGUUUCAACAUCAUUUUACAUGCAUGUGUCGAAGGUUGCCAGUAUGACAGGGCUUUUCGCUUUUUCUAUUCUUGGAAGGGAAAUAAGACUUUAGUGUCCUUUGGUGAAAGCCACAAUAGCAAUGCAGAGGAGGGAGGCAUGGAUAGUGUUACCACCACAGUGCCAAAAGGCAUUUCUAGUUCGCAUAUCAUGAGUUUUACUGAGAGGUUCCCCUUCAAACCAACUACAUCGACAUACAAUACUUUACUGAAGGCCUGUGGAACUAAUUACUAUCACGCAAAAGCAUUAAUCAACGAGAUGAAAACAGUAGGUCUUUCCCCUAAUCAAAUAAGCUGGUCAAUUUUGAUAAAUAUAUGCGGAGGAUCAGAAAAUGUGGAGGGUGCCAUUGAGAUUUUGAGAACCAUGAUUGAUGCUGGAGUUAAACCUGAUGUUGUUGCAUAUACAACAGCCAUUAAGGUUUGUGUCGAAAGUAAGAAUUUUACGAAAGCAUUAACACUAUAUGAAGAAAUGAAAAGCUAUGAGACGCAACCAAAUUUGGUGACAUAUAACACACUGCUAAGGGCACGCAGUAAAUAUGGAUCCUUACGUGAAGUGCAACAGUGCCUGGCUAUAUAUCAGGAUAUGCGAAAGGCAGGGUACAAACCCAAUGACUACUACCUGGAGGAGCUGAUUGAGGAGUGGUGUGAAGGAGUAAUACAAGACAACGAAGAGUACGAAGUAGAAUUUUCUUCCAGCAAGAAACCUGAAAUAGAGAGACCUGAAAGUUUACUUCUUGAAAAAAUCGCGGCCCACCUACUAAAGAGGGUAGCUGACAUCUUGGCAAUUGAUGUUCAAGGUCUCUCAAAGGUUGAAGCUCGCCUGGUCAUUCUUGCAGUUCUUCGAAUGAUCAAAGAGAACUAUGCUUUUGGGCAUUCAGUGAAUGAUGACAUCUUGAUCAUCAUAGGAGCUACCAAAGCAGAUGAAAGUCCAGCAAAAGAAAUAUUAGAAGUGCAAGAGGCUGUGAUAAAACUUCUUAGGAAUGAAUUGGGGCUUGAGGCUCUUCCAGCCAAAACCAGAUUUGCACCAAGUGACUCACCAAAGUUACAGAACACCAAAGAGAAUGCAUUACCCACAACAAUGGUGUUUCACACAAGGAGACCUGCAGUUCUACAAAGAUUGAAGGUCACUAAACAAUCAUUACACCGUUGGUUGCAAAGGAGAGUAAGUGUAAAAUAGUAUUUGGCCUCUUCAAUAUUUUUUUUUACAGAAUGAGAAUCUCUUCAUUGUUUAUAUAAGAACUCAUAGGAAAUAUGUACAAAUGUUAGAUCUGCCAAUUCUUUUCCCUCUCGGCGGCUGCUUCGACUUGUAUAUAAUCAUUGGUAUAGCUGCAAAUGUAUUUUGUAUCCAAAAUAAAAACUGUCAUGGAAUAAAAUCAUAUGUUUUCUUCAGUA